UGUGAUAUGACCCCACAGCUAGCAAAUGAAAAGGAUUAGAGAAAGGAAUGAUACCAAGAGAUAUUCUCCCGAAAUUAAGACAACAAAAAAUGGAUAUUCUAACCCGAAUAUUCCCUUUUUAUCAUCCUUAUUAUAUAUCUCUAACUUCCAUUUCCACUUUCCAUCAUUUUCUCACACUCGAAAUAUAAAACAAAACUAAAACAAAAGAAGAAGAAAGAAAGCAUGAAGUUUGGUAAGAGUCUAAGCAACCAGAUCGAGCAGACACUACCUGAAUGGCGUGACAAGUUCUUAUCUUACAAAGACCUCAAGAAGCGUCUCAAACUCAUCGACUCCAAAUCCGGAGAUCGUCCCUCAAAACGUCUCCGGCUCGACGAUUCUUCUGUCGGAAUGUCGAAAGAAGAGAUCAGUUUCAUCCAAUUGCUAGAGGACGAGCUUGAGAAGUUCAACAACUUCUUCGUUGAGAAAGAGGAAGAAUACAUCAUCAGAUUAAAGGAACUGAGAGAUAGGAUUGUCAAGUGUAAGGAUUCAAAGGAGAAGAUGAUGAGCAUAAGGAAAGAGAUCGUUGAUCUCCAUGGAGAGAUGGUUCUCCUCGAGAAUUACAGUGCUCUAAACUACACAGGUCUGGUUAAGAUACUGAAGAAGUAUGACAAGCGUACCGGUGAUCUCAUGCGUUUACCUUACAUCCAAAAAGUUCUUCAGCAACCCUUUUACACUACUGACUUGUUGUACAAGCUUAUCAAGGAAUCCGAAGCUAUGCUUGAUGGUUUCUUCCCGGCUACAGAUGAAUCUGAGGAUCAUACUACGGUUUCAACAGAGUCUGAUGAGAGUGUUAAAGCAGAGCACAAGUUCAUGGAGAGUCUCCACAUGAAAAGUACUAUAGCUGCUUUGCGUGUUUUGAAGGAGAUCAGGAGUAAAAGCUCUACAGUGAGCGUGUUCUCUCUGCCUCCUCUACAGUUAAACGGGUUAGAGAAGAUUCCGUUGUUGGAGCAAGAAGCUAAAUAGAGAGUGGAGGGAGGCAUUACUUUUCCACUUCUAUUACAGUAGAAGCUAACAUAUUUAUAAAACCAUACAUUUUAUCAAUGUCUCUGGUCCUUUUAAAAAGUUCUUAGGGGUUGUAACUUUGUUACUGUGUUGGGUUGUAGUAAUUUGAUAUAAUAUACCACUUUCAGAUUUAUCUCUUACU